GAGGGAUAGCGGCCGCGCCUCCCCCACCCUCCCGGUGCUGAGGCCGCCUGCCUUGCCUUGCCUGCUCCGAGUUGUUGUGAGCUGGAGGCAGCGCCGAGCACAGCACAACACAACCGACAGCAACUUUCGCCGCUUUCCUCCUCCUUUCACCCUACAAUGCCCGGAAUGAUGGAGAAAGGCUCGGAGUACCUGGGCAAAGGCCGGUCGAACGGCACCAAGAGCCCCGCCAGCGCCUCGUCCAAUGGACAUUAUUCCGAGGAGAGUGGCAGUGACGACGAGCACGGUGAUGUCGGAAUGCGAGUGGGCUCUGACUAUCAGGCAUCCAUUCCAGAAUUUAACCCGGGUGCUACAAAAUACAGCGAUAAAGAAAUUGGUGGUAUGCUGGUUUGGUCUCCAUAUCACAUAAUUCCAGAUGUAAAAUUGGACGAGUAUAUUGCAGUAGCUAAAGAAAAGCAUGGGUACAAUGUGGAACAGGCAUUAGGAAUGUUAUUCUGGCACAAACACAACAUUGAGAAGUCGUUGGCCGACUUGCCUAACUUCACCCCUUUUCCAGAUGAAUGGACAGUUGAAGAUAAGGUCCUCUUUGAACAGGCCUUCAGCUUCCAUGGAAAGAGUUUUCACAGGAUUCAGCAGAUGUUACCAGAUAAGUCGAUUGCAAGUCUAGUGAAGUACUAUUACUCAUGGAAAAAAACUCGAUCUCGAACAAGUUUAAUGGAUCGGCAAGCACGAAAAUUAGCCAGUAGAAGCAAUCAAGAUGAAAGUGAUGAUGGAAUGGAAGAAGGAGCUGCAAAUUGCAUCCAUGACAGUGAUUAUGAUCCGACUAAAGAAGCUAAAAAAGAGAGUAAUCCUGAUCCACCUAUGCAGGUCAGCAGAGUUGGCACAGUGAGACGUGAGCUUCCAAGUUUGCAGCAUCGUCAUCAUCCUCUCCGGUCCAAGUGUCGACCACCGAAAGGAAUGUAUCUUAGUCAAGAAGAUGUGGGAGCCAUGUCCUGCAGCCCAAAUGCAGCAAGUACCAUUCUUAGACAGCUUGAUAUGGAACUAAUCUCAUUGAAACGCCAGGUACAAAAUGCCAAGCAAGUUAACAGUGCACUGAAGCUGAAAUUAGAAGGCAGAAUCGAAGAAUUCAGACCACCUGAGUCAGCUCAGAAAAUCAAUGCACGUUGGACAACAGAGGAGCAGCUGCUUGCAGUUCAAGGUGUCCGCAAAUAUGGGAAGGAUUUCCAAGCUAUCGCAGAUGUAAUUGGAAACAAAACCAUCGGCCAAGUGAAGAACUUUUUUGUUAACUACAGACGACGCUUUAAUCUUGAAGAGGUUUUACAGGAAUGGGAAGCUGAGCAAGGAACGCAAGAAUCAAAUGGCAUUUCACCCACAGCAGGGGAGGAAAGAAAACCCACUGUGAAUUCUCUUGCGUCUAAAAGCCCAGAUGUCGACGAGAAGAGCCCAUCACCUCCAGUUGCUGCCUCGGCACCUCCAACACCAGUUACAAUCGCUGUUACAUGUGUAGCUAGCUUAAACCAGCCUCCUCCAUUGCUUCGACCAGUGCUCCCCGCGGCUCCUGCUCUUCAUCGUCAACCACCACCUCUCCAGCAACAAACCCGUUUUCUACAGCCAAGACCAACACUCAACCAACCUCCGCCACCACUGAUUCGCCCAACUAACCCUAUUCCACCCCGCUUGAAUCCUAGACCAGUACUACAGCAACCUCCAUCACUGAUUGGAAUUCAGUCUGAAUCACAGUCUUCGUCCUUGCAUUGACUUGCUAGUUUCUUUUAAAUCAAGGGAAAAAAAUGUUUGUGUGGCUUGGUUUAACUGAAGAUGCUUCACAUAAUCUCAAAUUCACCAACUAAGAAGCAUAUUUAACACUAUCUAAUUGUAUCUCAAUGUCCUCUACAUUUCGCAAGUUAAACUCUUAACAACACAACCAAUCAAAUUAAUUGCUUUGUUGUACAUGUACAUAGCUUUUUGUAGAGAAACAAUGCCAGUAAAAUUGAUGCCCGAGGAACUUGGAAGAAUACUUUUAGGACAGUUAUUUAUGGAAUCCGAAGCAUUAAAACUUGUUUUUUGGUCCUUUAUUAAUUUAUUAUAUUUAAAAAUAAAGUGUUGACCAAUUAGAGAUGCAAACAUCAGGAAACCUUUAAGACUGUAGAAAAUAGUCUUUUGACGUUGUAUUUUUAUGGUUAAAUCUUUUGAACAAACCAUUAAUUCCUGAAUCAAAACCCUAAUCCCUAGGAAGUGUCCUUAAUACAAAUUGGUUCCAAAAUAGAACUUUGAUUUUGGAACACCGACUGAUUGGAUUGAAAACUAAUCAUGAGUUAUCAUUAUGCAACUUUAAACUUUGUAAAAUUAUAAUUUGGUUUUGAUACCAAAGAGGUGCACUUGCUUUUAGAUAACUCCAGAAAAUCAUCUGAAUUUGAAUUCCAAUAGUUAAAUGUGAUUUCUCAGCUUAUCAAUAUUUGUCAUUGCUCCGAUUUUUUAAACAUCAAUGUAUGUGGCAGAAAUGUGGCAUUUUCUACAUUGCUGUAUCAUACAUAUCUUUUAAAUUCAUAAUGAAUAUUUUUUAAAUUCACUUUUAAAUGAAAACAAUGUGAUACAAGUUGUGAAAGCAUUUUACACUGAGAAUCAGUAACGAUGCAUUCAUCAUGUUAAUCUAAUGAAUAUCUCAUCGGUGUUUUUGAGAAUAGGUCCUUGAACAGUUACGCCACGCCAAUAGGUUGUGUAUCUGAGUUGUAAGAGUGUCACCAGCUCUUAAUUUGGUGGAUAGGCUGAACAAUAAACUACAGCAGGAUACUUCAGAAGGGAAGAUUGCCAAGAAAACCCAGGCGCAAUUGCCUUACCCUAAUAAAAAUGUGCCUCCAUUUGCCUGCUGACAGAAGUUGAAGAUCAUAACUAAGAAAACGACAUAAAAUCAUGCAUACCCAGCGGAAUGAGACUCAAAUAUAGAUUGGGUCCUGCAGGGAAAUAAAUGGGGGAGGUAGGGACAGUUUUUCAAAUAGUUAAUUUUUAUUAAAAAAUGGCUUGAGACUGUAUUAAUAUGCAUUAACACUUGUUUAUUUUUCAGUGUAAGAUGUUUGAAAAUACUAAAAUAAAAUUAUGCUGUAAUUGAUGUAGAAGAUAGCACAAAAAACCUAUAAAACCUCAAAAUACUUUAGUUUACUGUAUAUAUUGACAUGGGUUUGUUUUAAUUUAGUUUUAGUUAUAGGAUGUGUACAACUAUUUGUGCAUGUACAGUCAGAGGUUUCUUAUUUAUCUGUUUAGUCAGUACAUUUGCAUGUAUUUCAAGCAGUAUUUUUAAUGUAAUAAGUUGUGCGCUCGCUCCUUUGCUGUAAUAAAAUUCUGGAAAUGCUUUUUUGUAUUUUAUAACAUUUAGUUCUGAUGGUGUGAAGCUAAAAACACUGUUAUAAAAGGGCUUUAUCCCUGGAGUGCAAUCAAAUUGUAAUUUCUGUUGAUAACAACAUUAAAUAUUGCAGAGAAAA